UCGUUACGGAUUUUAAUUUUUAUUGUGAAUAGUAAAUGUUAUAACAUUUUUUGUGAAUUUUUCGUGAAAACAACUAUUGCCUGUUUGUUUUACAGUAAAUUUCAUGCAAGAGCAUAAUUUACCCAACUCAUCAGCAUGGAAGGCAACUUGGUUUGCCGAUUGUGUUUGUACAACAAUGAAGAUAUCGUGUCUAUAUUUGGUGAUAGCCAGCAAGAGGCAAAACUUCAGGAGAAACUUUUACAAUACUUGAAUUUAGAUGUAAAGGAAGACGACACCCUGCCGAAACUGAUCUGCAUGAAAUGCUUCCAGACGGUGGAAAACUUCCAUGUAUUCUACCAAGAGGUAGCGCAGAAUCAAACCGUAUUUGCCUACAGUUCGCAACCGGGAAUGAUUGUGAUCAGUGACCAGAAUUCGCACACCACCUACAUUCUGCGGGAGGAAGAAAUUGUCCAGCAAUCUUGCAUUGAGAUUGACGAUGGCCUGCAGCAGUACGGUGGGCCGUCGUCAUCUUCUGCCGGAUCCAGUGGUGGGCAGCAGAAGGUAACGUUGGUUCAACUGCCGAACCAGGUGACGGCAACCGUGUUGAGCACGGUUGAUUCGUCUGGUGCAAUAAUGCUCUCGACUGGUAGUGAGAGCAGUUCGAUAAGCGUCAUAAAUUCAGAACUUCCAACGUACGAUGAAGCACAAAAAUGCAAAGAGCAACAGCAAGCUGUCUCGGCAAUCGAAGAAGAUUUGGAUUUGAAAAUUGUGGUAGAUAUCGACGAAACGGAAGAGGAGGAAAGACUUGAUGAUGAGUUAGAUGUUCAACAAAGCCUUCAAUCGGUUCAAGAUGACGAAGAGCAUAGAUUCAAUCUAUCGCCAGAGCAAACUUCGAUCGAAGAAAUUUUAAAGGAAGGAAAUGAUGACGUUGACGAAGACGAAGAUGAUAUCGAUGACGAUGAUGACGACGAUGAAGAAUUUGAAGAAGAUAAUGGGGCCGACAUGAUUACCGAUGAAAUCCACGAGCCUUCUGUAGUAGAUUUUAAAGUAUUUCCACAAAAAUUGAUUCAGUCGAAUCGCUUGAUCGUUCGAGGCAAGGAUCUUUCGAUGUUGAUUGCAAGUUUCUACGACUUGAUCUGUGAUCUGUGUAGCGAAAGUAAGGAGGACGGUGGCGAUAAGUUUCCAACACUGGAAUCGUAUUUGACCCACUUCAAGGAUGUGCAUGGCAUCAAGGGUUACGUAUGGUGCUGCAACCAGAGGAUCGUCAAGUCACGGAUGAUGGCCAUGCACAUGGCCAGGCACCUACAGCCGGAGGCAUUCAAAUGUCCCGAGUGUGGCAAGUCGAUGACCACUCCGAAAAUCCUCCAGUACCACAUCCAGAACCAUCGCCCGGAAGAGGAACGACCACUCAAGUGUAACCUUUGCCCGCGACGCUUCAGCUACGGCAGUGCCCUGGUAUCACACAGUCAAUCGCACCUGCCGGAAAUGGAGCGAACCAGAUACGUUUGUGACGAAUGUGGUAAAUCGUACAGCUCGGCGAAGAACCUUGCCGAGCACAUAGCGGCGAGGCACUCCAAAACGGAACCCCUGGCCUAUGUGUGCCACAUCUGUGCAAAACGGUUCACCUCCAAGAGCAACCUUACCUAUCAUCUCACCACGCAUCAGCCGAAAAUUCACCAGGUGCAGUGCGACCAGUGCAAAAAGUGGCUCAAGAACAAGCUCUGCCUCCGGAAGCACAUGGUUCAGCAUUCGAUGGUGCGGCACAAGUGUACUCUGUGCGACUAUUCGGCGCUGAAUUUGCAGUGCCUUAAGAACCACAUGAGAGUGCAGCACACGGAUUUGAAACCAUUCGCCUGUGAUGUCUGUGGGAAGUCGUUCAAGUUGAAGAACACCCUGCUAAACCAUCAGGUACAGCAUACGGGGGUGAAGAAGUUUAGCUGUGAGUUUUGCGCGCGAACAUUUGCAUCGAGCGGGAACUACUAUGCGCACAGGAAGCGGAUGCACCCGCAGGAGUUGGCCGUACAGAAAAAGCGAAAAGAGGACGAAGAGAAUGAAUUUCGGAAGAAGACGCUCUUGGCUGAGUCAAAAUGAAUGCAUCGCACCUUCGGCGGUUCACAUAAGAGGUACUUUUAUAACACUUCUAUAACUUAUUCCGUACGAAAAGUUUUUUUUUUUGGCAUUAGCUCGGUACAGACUAAAUUAGCUUCAGGAGAUUUUUAUUGUCGAUAAACCUCCAGUUACUGCAUAGUAGUAUGUUACAUUACAUUACAUUAGUUGAAGUGAACAGAAAAGAACUCCCUCCCUAUUUGGUACUCAAGCGAUCAAGAAUCUGG